CGCGGCGGGCGCUCGCCGCCCUGGAGCUCCGCCUGGAUCUGCUGCUGGGCGCUCGCCGGCUGCCGGGUGGCCUGGGCUGGGGACCUGCCUUCCUCCUCCGGCCGCCCGCUUCCUCCUUGCCAGGAGGUUUCUUUUUUUCGUGAAAUUUUCUCAAAAUUGCCUGCAGUGCAGUGCACUGUUUCUAUCUGAUGCACACCUUGGUCACAUGUGACGUCUGUGUGCACCCAAAGAAGCUGUCGUCAUGAUGGAGUUCCCUGCUGCCUUUGUGGUCCAGCCCUUUCUCAGCACCCCAGAGAGUCAGCAGCAGCUGCUUUUUGCCACUCUAGAUUCCAUUGCAUUUUCAAGCAUUUCAGAAAGAUUACCACUUUGAAUAUACAGAGUGCGAUAGCAGUGGCUCCAGGUGGAGAGUGGCCAUUCCGAACUCUGCAGUGGACUGCUCUGGCCUGCCUGACCCCGUGAGAGGAAAAGAAUGUACUUUCUCCUGUGCUUCCGGGGAAUAUCUAGAAAUGAAGAAUCAGGUAUGCAGUAAGUGUGGAGAAGGCACCUACUCCCUGGGCAGUGGCAUCAAAUUUGAUGAGUGGGAUGAAUUGCCAGCAGGAUUUUCCAACAUUGCAACAUUCAUGGACACUGUGGUGGGCCCUUCUGACAGCAGGCCAGACGGCUGUAACAACUCUUCCUGGGUUCCUCGUGGAAACUAUAUAGAAUCCAAUCGCGAUGACUGCACCGUGUCGCUAAUCUACGCUGUGCACCUGAAGAAGUCGGGUUAUGUCUUCUUUGAGUAUCAGUAUGUCGACAACAACAUCUUCUUUGAGUUCUUUAUUCAGAACGAUCAGUGCCAGGAGAUGGACUCGAGCACUGACAAGUGGGUGAAACUCACAGACAGUGGAGAAUGGGGCUCCCAUUCCGUCAUGCUCAAGUCAGGCACAAACAUACUCUAUUGGAGAACUACAGGCAUUCUCAUGGGUUCCAAGGCAGUGAAGCCAGUGUUGGUGAAAAACAUCACGAUUGAAGGGGUGGCAUACACAUCCGAAUGUUUUCCAUGCAAGCCGGGGACCUUCAGCAACAAACCAGGGUCGUUCAACUGCCAGGUGUGCCCCAGAAACACCUACUCAGAGAAGGGGGCCAAGGAAUGCACACGGUGCCAAGAGGACACCCAGUUUUCAGAGGAAGGGUCCAGCAUGUGCACGGAGCGUCCCCCCUGCACCACCAAAGACUAUUUCCAGAUCCACACACCCUGCGACGAGGAAGGCAAGACACAAAUAAUGUACAAGUGGAUAGAGCCCAAAAUCUGCAGGGAAGACCUCAGAGAUGCAAUUCGCCUGCCCCCUUCUGGAGAGAAGAAGGAUUGUCCGCCCUGCAACCCUGGGUUCUACAACAAUGGCUCCUCGGCUUGCCACCCCUGCCCUCCUGGGACGUUUUCAGAUGGAACCAAGGAAUGCAGGCCCUGUCCAGCGGGAACAGAGCCAGCACUCGGGUUUGAAUAUAAAUGGUGGAAUGUCCUCCCUGGCAACAUGAAAACCUCCUGUUUCAACGUUGGGAAUUCAAAGUGCGACGGGAUGAAUGGUUGGGAGGUGGCUGGAGAUCAUGUCCAGAGUGCAGCCGGAGGUUCUGAUAACGACUACCUGAUCUUGAACAUGCAUGUCCCAGGAUUCAAACCCCCAACAUCUGUGACUGGAGCGUCGGGUUCUGAACUAGGAAGAAUAACCUUUGUCUUUGAGACCCUCUGUUCAGCUGACUGUGUCCUGUAUUUCAUGGUGGAUAUUAACAGGAAAAGUACCAAUGUGGUGGAAUCAUGGGGUGGAACCAAAGAGAAACAAGCAUAUACCCAUGUCAUCUUCAAGAACGCCACAUUCACGUUCACCUGGGCCUUCCAGAGAACCAACCAGGGUCAAGAUAAUAGGCGGUUCAUCAAUGACAUGGUGAAGAUCUAUUCUAUCACAGCCACCAAUGCAGUUGACGGGGUGGCGUCCUCGUGCCGUGCCUGUGCCCUCGGUUCUGAACGGUCGGGCUCAUCGUGUGUCCCCUGCCCCCCAGGCCACUACAUUGAAAAAGAAACCAACCAGUGCCAGGAGUGCCCGCCUGACACCUACCUGUCCGUACAUCAGGUCUAUGGCAAGGAGGCUUGUAUUCCGUGUGGGCCUGGGAGCAAAAGCACACAGGACCAUUCCAUUUGCUACAGUGACUGCUUUUUCUACCAUGAAAAAGAAAAUCAGAGUUUUCACUAUGACUUUAGCAACCUCAGCAGCGUAGGCUCAUUAAUGAACGGUCCCAGCUUCACCUCCAAAGGCACGAAGUACUUCCACUUCUUCAACAUCAGCCUGUGUGGCCAUGAGGGAAAGAAGAUGGCCCUCUGUACUAACAAUAUAACAGACUUCACAGUGAAGGAGACGGUGGCUGGAUCAGACGACUACACCAACUUGGUGGGAGCGUUUGUAUGCCAGUCAACUAUCAUUCCUUCUGAAAGCAAGGGUUUCCGAGCAGCCUUAUCAUCACAGUCCAUUAUUCUGGCAGAUACAUUCUUAGGAGUGACAAUCGAGACAACAUUGCAAAAUAUCAACAUAAGAGAAGAUAUGUUCCCAGGUUCAUCACGCCCGGUUCCAGACGUGCAUUUCUUUUAUAAAUCUUCUACGACUACCACAUCUUGUAUUACUGGCCGAUCCACUGCUGUGAAAAUGAGGUGUAACCCUACGAAACCUGGAGCAGGCGUGAUCUCAGUCCCCAGCAAGUGCCCAGCAGGAACCUGUGAUGGGUGCACGUUCUAUUUCCUGUGGGAGAGUGCUGAGGCUUGCCCCCUGUGCACAGAGCGUGACUACCAUGAGAUCGAGGGAGCCUGCAAGAGAGGCUUUCAGGAAACCUUAUAUGUAUGGAAUGACCCUAAAUGGUGCAUCAAAGGAAUUUCUUUGCCGGAGAAAAAAUUGUCAACCUGUGAAACAGUUGACUUUUGGCUGAAAGUGGGUGCAGGUGUGGGAGCCUUCACAGCUGUUUUGCUGGUGGCUCUAACUUGCUAUUUCUGGAAAAAGAAUCAAAAACUGGAGUACAAAUAUUCCAAAUUAGUAAUGACGACUAACUCAAAAGAGUGUGAGCUCCCAGCUGCGGACAGCUGUGCUAUUAUGGAAGGAGAAGACAAUGAAGAGGAAGUUGUGUAUUCCAACAAGCAGUCACUACUGGGAAAACUCAAAUCCUUGACCACAAAGGAAAAAGAAGACCAUUUUGAAUCUGUUCAACUGAAAUCCUCAAGGUCCCCCAAUAUCUGAAAAGACAGUGCUGUAGCCUUCAGACUAAUGGACAGACAAACCUGCUACCGGAUCUCACAGGACCGUAUUGUAGGGCCUGUCCUGACACCUGUCAUGUUGGUAAUCUCACCGAGAAGGGCCAAGUUGCUGAAAAGGGAAGGAUGUUGGAAUGUUUGAUUGCCUUAUCACAUGAUCAUGUACCUUGCCAAAAAAAAAAAAAAAAAAAAAAGAGA